AUGUCUCACGAAGAAGAUCUCAUUGACUACUCGGAUGAGGAACUCCAAACCAACGAUGCAGCAGCCGCGGCGCCAGCAGCCACCAAUGGAGCCGCAACCAAGAAGGGUGACUUGACCGUCUCUGGAGGUAACGCGGACAAGAAGGGCAGCUAUGUUGGCAUUCACUCUACUGGUUUCCGGGAUUUCUUGUUGAAGCCAGAGCUUCUCCGCGCCAUCACCGACUGCGGUUUCGAGCAUCCAUCGGAGGUCCAGCAAGUGUGCAUUCCUCAAGCCAUUCUUGGAACCGAUGUCCUGUGCCAGGCAAAGUCCGGUCUCGGAAAGACUGCAGUCUUUGUCCUUACGACGCUUCAGCAAAUCGAGCCAGUGCCCGGCGAGUGCGCCACUCUGGUUAUGUGUCACACACGCGAGCUCGCCUACCAGAUCAAGAACGAAUAUGCCCGGUUCAGCAAGUAUCUUCCGGAUAUCAAAACUGGGGUCUUCUACGGCGGAACACCGAUGCAGAAGGAUAUCGAGACGUUGUCAAACAAAGACACUCACCCUCACAUCAUCGUUGCUACACCCGGUCGAUUGAACGCACUGGUCCGCGACAAGAAGCUUCGUCUCGGAAGCGUGAAGGUCUUCGUUCUUGAUGAAUGUGACAAGAUGCUGGAUCAGAUUGACAUGCGCCGCGACGUCCAGGAUAUCUUCCGCGCCACUCCCACUCAAAAGCAGGUUAUGAUGUUCAGUGCUACUCUCGCUCAGGAGAUUCGCCCAAUCUGCAAGAAAUUCAUGCAGAAUCCUCUGGAAAUUUACGUCGAUGACGAGACCAAGCUCACUCUUCACGGCCUUCAGCAGUACUACAUCCAGCUCAGCGAGGCAGAGAAGAACCGGAAGCUCAACGAGCUGCUAGAUACCCUCGAAUUCAACCAGGUCAUCAUCUUCGUCAAGAGCACUCUGCGAGCGACGGAGUUGGACAAACUGCUUCGCGAGUGCAACUUCCCAAGUAUUGCGGUGCAUUCUGGUGUCAGCCAAGAAGAGCGUAUCAAACGCUACAAAGAAUUCAAAGAAUUCAACAAGCGUAUUUGCGUUGCGACUGAUGUCUUUGGCCGUGGUAUCGACAUUGAGCGUAUAAACCUAGCCAUCAACUACGACUUGCCCGGCGAUGCAGACUCCUACCUGCAUAGAGUUGGCCGUGCUGGACGAUUUGGAACAAAGGGUUUGAGUAUCUCAUUCGUAAGCAGUGAGGCAGAUCAAGACGUCAUCAAGGCCAUUGAGACGAGAUUUGAGAACAAGAUCCCUGAAUUUCCAGAGAAAGGUGUUGAUGCCAGUACCUAUAUGGGGAACUAA